UGAAGUCUAAUAUAUUUCGCGCCAAAUUCUUCAGAUGUAUCGUUUAGUUUUGUCGUUUUAAUUUAGGUUUAAAAGUUUUGUUUUGUUUUGUUUGUAUUAUUAGCAAAUAGCACUAACUAUGGAAGACGGAGAUUUUGAUCAACGUUUAAGAGACUUGCAAAGAGAAUAUCUAGAGUUUUUAGACGAUGAAGAAGACCAAGGGGUAUACAUGGAAAAAGUAAAAGAAAUGAUUUCGGCCGGCAAAAAACGACUGGUUGUAAAUAUUAAUGAUCUUAGAAGAAAGAAUCCAGCUCGUGCCAAAAAUCUAUUAGAAAGUGCUUUUGAAGAGCAGAUUGCAUUUCAAAAGGCUCUUAAGGAAUAUGUGUCAUCAAUUGAUCCAACAUUUGCUAAAGAAAUGGAAGAGUUUUUUGUUGCAUUUUCUGGUAGCUUUGGAACUAAACAUGUCACACCGAGAAGUUUAACUUCACGUUACUUAGGUAACUUAAUUUGUGUGGAGGGUAUAGUGACGAGGGUGUCUCUGGUGCGACCUAAGGUGGUAAGGAGUGUACACUAUUGUCCGGUCACUAAGAAGGUUAUGGAGAGGAAGUAUACUGAUUUGACUUCUUUUGAGGCUUUCCCAACUUCUGCUGUAUACCCUACCAAGGAUGAUGAAGGCAAUCCAUUAGAGACAGAAUAUGGUUUAUCUCGGUACAAGGAUCAUCAGACCUUAACAGUACAAGAAAUGCCAGAGCGAGCACCCGCAGGUCAGUUGCCUCGCAGUGUAGACGUGAUCUGUGAUGAUGAUCUCGUAGACAAGUGUAAACCGGGAGACAGGGUGCAGAUUGUCGGAAACUAUAGAUGUCUACCAUCUAAACAAGGUAGCUUCACCGCAGGAACAUUCAGGACAAUUUUGAUAGCAAAUAAUGUAACAGAAAUAAACAAAGAUGCGGACUUAGCAAUCACAAUGGAAGACAUCAAACUUUGCAAGCGGUUAGCAAAACGAACAAAUAUGGAUAUGUUUGAAAUGUUAAGCAAAUCUCUAGCUCCAUCUAUACAUGGACAUGAUUAUAUCAAGAAGGCUAUUCUAUGCUUAUUGCUUGGUGGCAUGGAGAAAAUAUUGCCUAAUGGAACAAGACUUAGAGGUGAUAUAAACAUCUUAUUAAUCGGAGACCCAUCAGUGGCGAAGUCUCAGUUACUGCGCUAUGUGCUGCUGACAGCUCCGCGUGCGGUCACCACCACUGGCAGAGGGUCUUCCGGUGUGGGUCUCACUGCUGCCGUCACCACUGAUCCUGAUACUGGGGAUAGAAGAUUGGAAGCCGGUGCGAUGGUGCUAGCUGAUCGUGGCGUGGUCUGUAUUGACGAGUUUGACAAGAUGUCUGAUAUAGACCGCACUGCUAUCCACGAGGUGAUGGAGCAGGGCCGCGUCACCAUCGCCAAGGCUGGUGUCCAUGCCUCGCUAAAUGCACGCUGCUCCGUACUUGCCGCUGCUAACCCCGUCUAUGGCAGGUACGACCAAUACAAGACACCAAUGGAGAACAUCGGGCUACAAGAUUCAUUGUUAUCACGUUUCGACCUGCUAUUCGUGAUGCUGGAUAUUGCAGAUGCAGAUCACGACAACCUCAUCUCAGAACACGUCCUACGAAUGCAUAGAUACAGAAAUCCGAAAGAACAAGACGGGGAAGUGCUUCCAAUGGGGUCAACAGUGGAAAUGCUUUCAACUGAAAAUCCUGAUACUGAAGAAGUUGACGAGUCAAAGGAGAGUAUGUACGAGAAGUACGACGAGCUGCUGCACGGCGCCAGCCGCAGCAAGAAGGAGCAGAUCCUGAGCACCAGGUUCAUGCGGAAGUACAUCCACAUAGCGCGGCUGCUGCGUCCCAAGCUGACACAGGACGCCUGCGACCUCAUCGCUGACGAGUACACCCGCCUCCGCAACCAUGACAUCAUGGAGACAGACGUCGCCAGGACGCAGCCGGUGACAGCUCGGUCGUUGGAGACGCUGAUCCGUCUGGCGACAGCACACGCCAAGUGCAGGCUCAGCUUCCAAGUGGCGGAGGAAGACGCACGCGCAGCUAUCGAACUGCUCCACUUCGCUUACUUCAAGAAGGUGUUAACCAAGGAGAAGCGUCGUAAGAGGCGCGCCUCCUCAGAGGAAGAGGGCGCAGCGCCUGAGAGCGAACGCCCCAAGAAGCCCCGCGCCAAGAGAUCCCGCAAGGAGAAAGGUGAUGGCGAAGACCCAUACGAGUUCUCCUCAGACGAGGAGGUGGAGCCCGUGCUGCGAGCUGCUCACGACACGCAGCCCGAGUCACAGCGCGCAGCUACCUCUGCAGCCAGCACAUCUACUAUCGAUGCUGAAAGGUUAACACAAUUCAAGUCAGCACUGCAACAGUUGUUCCGGGAGCAACGAGCCAACUCUCUACCGUUAGACAAAGUAACAAGUUAUGUGAACAACAAGUACUCUCACCAAACCUUCUCCUCAGACGAGGUGCAGGCUGCGCUGCACCGCAUGACCCAAGACAACCAACUCAUGAUGGCUGAUGAUAUAGUCUUCCUCAUAUAGAUACAUAGAUAUGUAACCUGAGGAUGGAGCGUUUCAUGCAAAAGAAAACACUGAGGGAAUUUAUCCAUACAACAGUUCUCCGGAGGCCUUUUUUCUCGCUUCAAUAUUGUGCCUCGGAUUAAGUGAAUAGGUUAUAAGUCUAUGCCUGUAUUGAAACCCAACUAAUAGGUCCCUAAGAUAAUCCUUAAGUAUAGAUUUCUCAAACUAAAUCUAUACAAAGGUAGUCUAACUCCGAGUACCGCUGUUAGUUUAGACCUUAUGUCCUAGACCUUUAUUCUACAUUGAUAGGUAAGAGUGGUCUAGACUUUCCACUUAGGGAAUUAGAUGUAAGUACAAACAGUCCUAGAAAGAAAACCUAGUAAUGUAAGCGAGGCCCAGAUUUAGGUACCUUAGCGGACCUAGGUAAGACCUAUACAUACAUAGACUUAAGUAUUAUUUUAUGUGUUUUUUGUGAUCAGCAAUUAAAUAUCAAAAAUCCGGUAAAUACUAUUAAAUUGUUUAUCUAAAAAUCUAGAUCUUAUGUGAUUCUAAUGUUUAAGAAAAUCUAACCAGUGAAUUGUCUUCUCUAUAUUUUACCACUCAUCAGGUGAAAUGUAAAUUAUUGAACUGAAAGGUGAAGCAAUAGUUUUAUUAUUAUUAUUAUUAAAU